GCGGGAGCGGGCGGAGGGACGGCGAGAGGGCGGGGGGGACGCCCGGCCAUGCGGGGCCGGCGGCCGCGGCGCGGGUGAGGCGGGCGGCGCUCCAUGGCCGGCGGGUCGGGGUGAGGCAGGCGCGGGCAUGGCGGGGGUGAGCUACUCGCCGCCCUGGUGGGUGAGCCUGCUGCACCGCCUGCCGCACCUCAGCCUGCGCUGGGAGCUCACCGCCGCCGACUUCCGACCGCACGACGCCGAGUACCAGCAGGCCCUGCUGCUGCUGGGUGGCGUGGCUCUCUCCUGCCUGGCUCUGGACCUGCUCUUCCUCCUCUUCUACUCCUUCUGGCUGUGCUGCCGCCACCGCAAGAGCGAGGAGCACCUCAACGCCGACUGCUGCUGCACGGCCUGGUGCGUCAUCAUCGCCACCCUCGUCUGCAGUGCUGGCAUUGCUGUGGGAUUCUACGGGAAUGGGGAGACCAGCGACGGCAUCCACCGGCUGACGUACUCGCUGCGCCACGCCAACCGCACCGUGGCUGGCGUCCAGGACAGGGUACUGGACACUGCAGUGGCCCUGAACCAAACAGUGGAACCCAACUUGCUCGUGCUGGAGGAGAUGUUCAAGAAGCAGACAGACCACCUGCACAUUGUCCAGAAACUGCAAAGCCUCUUGGAUGACCUGGUCAGGCAAACGACUGAGAUCCCCUUUUGGAAGAAUGACGAGCUGUCUCUGGAGGAGCUGGCAAUUCAGAUUGACCUCUAUGACUGGUACAGGUGGCUGGGAUACCUGGGCCUGCUCCUGUUCAAUGUCCUGAUAUGUUUGCUGGUGCUCUUUGGGCUCAUCAGGAACUCCAGAGCCAUUCUCGUGGGGGUGUGCUUGCUUGGGGUGUUUGCCCUGAUUGUCAGCUGGGGAUCCCUGGGCCUGGAGCUGGCUGUCGCCGUGGGCUCCAGUGACUUCUGCAUCGACCCCGAUGCUUAUGUCUCCAAGGUGGUUGAGGAGAACGCAGUGCUCAGUGCUGAGACUCUCCGCUAUUACAUGACCUGCAGUGCUGGCUACCCCAACCCUUUCCAGCAGAAGCUGUCAGGAAGUCACAAGGCUUUGGUAGAAAUGCAGGAUGAUGUGUCGGAGCUCAUGAGGUCAGCGAGCAAGGAGCACCCCACCUCCAAGGAAUAUCUCACUCGGAUCCAGGAGGUUUUGAAUUCAACAGAGAUCAACCUGCAGCAGCUGACAGCUUUGGUAGACUGUCGGAGUCUGCAUUUGGAUUACGUCCAGGCUCUGACAGGCUUCUGCUAUGAUGGAGUGGAAGGCCUCAUCUACCUGGUUCUCUUCUCCUUUGUCACAGCCCUCAUGUUCAGUUCCAUUGUCUGCAGCGUCCCACACACCUGGCAGCAAAAGAGAGGCUCAGAUGAUGAUGGGGAAGAGGAAUCAGCUGCUCAGGGGAGCAGGCAGACACACGAUAAUCUGUACAGAGUGCACAUGCCCAGCCUGUACAGCUGUGGCAGUAGCUAUGGCAGUGAGACCAGCAUCCCAGCAGCAGCACACACAGUCAGCAAUGCUCCCGUCACGGAGUACAUGAGCCAGAAUGCAAAUUUCCAGAACCCCCGUUGCGAGAAUACCCCGCUCAUUGGCCGGGAGUCCCCACCUCCCUCAUUGUAUUUGGCUGCCAUGGACAGUAGCAGCCAUAUGAGCUGGCAGCUUAAGCCCUCGGACAGUGCACGGACAUACUGGUAACAGCGCCCGCAAAUGGAACAGUACACCUCCAGCAUGAGAGCCAAAUACCUCGCCACCAACCAACCUCGUCCAGAUGCUGGCAGUGUGCAUUAAACCGAAAAAGCAAAAGCAAAAGAGAAAGACAAAAAACAAAAGUGAAAAACAGAACUCACACGUGCAGUCAGACUAAACAAUGUGCCAACUGCUGUGCCCCUGUGCUGUCCUCGUAGAACAAUCCUGCUGUUCUGCCCAAAAUCUAGUGCAGCUCCUUCUGUUUCUCCAGUCCAGACCACCUUUCCAACCUGCCCACUGAGUGGAAGCUCCUUUUGAAUUUAAGCCUUCACCUUGUAGUACCUGAUGUGCAAGAGAGCAAAGGGUGUGCAGGGAACAGCUGACAGCACCUGGGCAGGAAACUCUGCCCCCAGCCCAUGGGCCAGCUUAGCCUGUCAGAAACAGGUGCUGAACACCUUCUGCCCCCUUCUUCCCCCCUUCUGUUCCAAGAGGGACUUGGUGAAAGAUGGUGGUAGAUGUUCUUCACUUCUGCAGUGGGCCCAGCAGGGAAUGCUGAGGGCAGGCAGAGCCUCGCUGGGAAUCCUCUGGUGCUCUGCCCUGGGCAGGGAGGAGGCACCUCCUGCCUUGUGGGGUCACUGCAUAUCCACUGGAAUCUGCUCUAGAAGAGCAAACCAUUUCACUGCCCUGGUCAGCUUUUUUUUUAUUUUGUUUUUUAAGUCCAUUAGGAAAAUGCCUUUUUCUUUCCCUCUGUGUCUGUCACGUGAAUUCUUGAGGAGGAGCAGGGGGGCUCAGCACCAGUCAGUCACCCUGUCCACUGCUCUGGACCUGACCUCUCUGCUCCAUCAGGGAAGCCCAGGGAUUUGCAGAUGGCAUUCUGGGUGCUGCCUUUCCUAGGCUGACACAGAUCAAACAGGAGCCAGCCACUCACUUGGUGCCAAAUUUUUCCAGGGAAAGACUUAAAAGACUUCAUGGGAGGUAUUUUUGCACUAAAGCGUUUUGGCUCUCUGAUGCUAGAUCUUCUGGGACAGUCAGCUUGCAAAAGCAAGAGAAACUGGAAGCACCAAUGGAUUUCUAGCAAAUGCAAGCUCUCCCUGCAGGAAUGACCUGUGAACUCUGCUGGACUCUCUUUUUGUCCUUUUUUAUAAAUCAUCAUCUACAGCACAGGGUUGCUGAAAUGGCAUUGAAGGAGGUUUUUGGAGCCUCAGUCCUAACAAACUCACAAGAUUGUCAGUGUAUCCUCUGUGUUCUAGAGUCCAAAACCCUCGACAACAUUGUGACUGUCAGAACAGAUUUAUAUUUUAUUCUAUUUUGUUAAUUUUCCAAGGCACAUUGCUAACCACUAUCUGACCAUACUAAUGCACACGUAAGGCAUUUUCCAGACGUGAGGCAGAGCAAGGCUUGCAAAGGGGCAGCUGGGUGCCUGCAGAGGGCAACAUCCUUCACUGGUGCUGUACUUCCCACUGAAGAGCAGUGCUCCAAAGGGCACUGGCAGCUUCCUGCUGGAAGAGGAGACUGCCUCUGGGGAGGUACUGUCAACUGCUGCCCUCUCAGUGGGGUAACCGUGAUGUUCCUUUUUUGUGUUUUUACCUCUUAGCAGGGGCGUCUUAGCAGAGCUGCUGAGCAUUACAUUAAAUAACUGGCAGAGGAAACUGAGUGGGAAACAUCUCUCAAACUGGAGUGGAGCCAUUGGCAGAGGCAGUUCAUUGUCACCUCAGUGGUGCUCAGACUCGGUGUCUGUUCACCCCACGUUUGCUGUUUGGGGCACAGAAUUACCAACCUGCCUUUUCUCAAGUCAGUUGCCUUCUUGCAGUGAGGUGGGAACUGCUCCUGGCAGGCAGCUAAACAGGCUCAAAGAUGUGCUGGGAAAUGGUACCAGCUCUGGCAGAGCAAGCUUUGAGACUCCUCUUAAGAUAGAAACCACUACUGAACUGCGAGGCCAGCUGUUACCAUUCAAAGGAGUGAGAGACAGGGAGGAGGCAUCGCCACACAGACAGGGAGAGAAGGGUUUGGAAUAAACUUCACACUUCACCAUAAAUCUCUGGAAGCAGGAUGUUCUUGCUCAGGACUGAGUAUGCCCUUUCAGACACGUUGGAUGGGCUUCACACUGAAACAUACCUCUGUUUUAUCAAACAACAAGGGCAGGGAAAUGUGGUCACAGGUGGAAUGGAGGGACACUGCGGCUCACGAGCCCCAGGGUUUCCAUCCUGUCUUAGAGCCUGCCAGGAGAUGUGGGUGUGCAGGCUGUGGUGUGGUGAUCUUGCAGGGCCCCAAGCACCCAACUGCUCCCUGGGGAGAACCCCAACCUUUCCCUCACUUUGAAGAAAGAAUCAAGAGCCAUAUAACCCUUAUGAAGACUGAGUUGUUCUGCCAUCAACCCUCCUUGCAAGGAUGUGCUCUAGUUGCUACUCACAUGAUCAGUUUUAGGGGAGCUGCCCUGAAAUCUGUGGCCCAGUCCUAGAGGUGGAAAGCAGUAUUCUGGAGACUGGAGGGUGUGGGCAACCCAGUGAAAACAAAUGUACCAACUUCUUAGUGCACAGAAACGCCCUGAACCCACGUGUGGCUGCGCUUUGGGCUGGGUCUGAAUCAUCACCGUGGCACUGUCUGUGCCACACAAUAACAGGAGUGAGGCAAUGCCUUUGUUUGCAGCAUCUAAUGGAGCAGCCACCUGGACCUGCUUCCUUCCAAGGUCUGGCACAGCCACUUCCAGCACCCAGAACAACUUCUGGCAGUGUUUGGGGCUUGCAGCAAGGCACAGCCGUGGAGAUAAUGUGCUCUGUGACUUCAGCAUCUAACUGGAAAGAAUUGUUAUGGAGAUAUCAUUUUGCUCUCUGGAGGCCAGCACAACGUGACUGCGGUGUGAGCCGUGUACCUGUGUCCAGCCAGCACUUCCUUUACUUGACAUGGAUAUUGCACUUUUGUAAAGCAUCCUGGAACUCUGCUGCCCCGCUGCAUGCUGUGCAGAGCGCUGGAUAGGAAACACAGACAAAUGGGUUUCUUUUGGUUUAUUAUUGUUAUUGUUAUUACUACUACUUCUUUUUUUUUUUUUUUCCUUUUUUAUUUUACUGGAACCUUGAGCAACAGUGUGGCAUUUCUGCAGGCUGGUCUGAAUGGAUCUGCUGAAGAACAGAUGGCCUUUGCCUAUUCUUAUGGCUGCGACGUAAUCAGUCUCAUCCAUAUGGUCACAUUUUGUCUGAGGAGGGGACUUUGAGAAGCCAAGAUCUCCCAGACUCUGUGCCUCCCUCUGGGGUGAACAGCAGGUGCUAUCUGGCGAAGACUCAUCUGUUCUGGGUGGCAUUCAUGGUUGAGGGAGUCCAAACUCUUCAAGCUGCAGGAGGUAAAGCUGUAGAGACUUCUCUCUCUUCCAUCGUGUCUCUCUGUUCUCAAUGUGACAAAAUGCCAAGGCCGUAUCGCUUGGUGUGUCCCAGCUGAGCUUCUCAGACAUUUCUCGUGUUACUGGUUGCUGGAAAAAGGGUCCAGAAGUCAGGGGAGCUGAGAGUGGCCUCUGGACACCUCACUAACUGCAGAGUGGACGGCAGCUUGUCUGGUGGAAGGUGACUGCAUCGGUGAAGACACUUCAUGUUACUUUUUCAGAAGCACAAAUGUGGUCAUUGGCUUGUCUGGUUGGCUUGGUUUAUUUCCACUGCAUCAUCAUGUGUGAAUGACACUUUCUUUUGGAACUGAGAACUCUUCCAAGCACACAAACAUCUCCACAAUGUGAAAUGUAAAUAGCAUGUUGGACUCUUGUGUCCAGUGUUCAAGACUGCAUUGUAAUUGUAAAGGAAAUCAAAUCAAGACUUGGCUGUGAAUUUCUUGUGCUGUCUUGGGAAUUAUAACUGUAGUGUUUGUAUCCUGUAUGUAUUAUUAAACUGAGUUCAUUUUGUGUGCUGAUAAAAGGGUUCAAGCUAAGAUUUUUAGCGUGCAUCCAUGUAUCCAAAUGUGAAGGAUGGAGUGCUCCCUUCCCCUCCUGUCCUUUUUAAGUUUUCUCCAUUUGAUAGGUGUUGAUUUUCCGUGUACAGUCAUCUCAGCCAAGAUGCAAGGGAUGUUCAUUUGAGUGCUUUGAGGGGGACACAGUGCAUGGGGUUUUAAGUGAUCCUAAGUCAGGAUUUCCAUAGCAGUUCCCUGAAACUACACGAAAAGUUUGGCCUUUCUGAGAGUUAAACCAUUUCUCAGGGAGCUGCUCAGCCAUCGCUCACGAGAGCUUUGAGUGCUGAAGGUGGUGGGAGACAGGAGUGGGUGGGUGCCCCCAGAGCAAGGUCCAGGUACCUUUUUGUGGGAGCGAACCCAGGCUUCACUUCUGGUGCUUCCUUCUUUUCCUCCCAGCAGCCACUGAAAUACCAUUCCGAGCCCUUUGAAGAAGAGAGAAGUGUCUUGGCUUGUUGAUCCCUGACACCCCCCCAGUUCCAGGGGAGAUGAGGUGGGUGGGUUUCCCCUUAGCUCGGGAGAGGAGCUGUCUCUGAAGUAUUUCCUACCUGGGGUCCAAGGGGAAGCCAGGCUGUUCCCCAGCUCAGCAAGAGUGUCAGAGCCACUCAGGGAACACCUCUGGGUGGGAGGGGAGAAGCCCUCCAGGGAGGCACUGAGGAGCAGAUCCCAUGCCUUGAGACCUGGCAAGGCUUGGUCUGCACCUCCUUUCAUCACAGCCUACUUCCCUUGCCCAGAAAUUGUGUUCAUGCUGUGGAUGGCACCCCUAGGCAGGGCAGGAGGCCCAGCAGAAGCGUGGGAUGUUUUGGCAGCAGUUCCUAGGUGGCUGACAAGUGGUCUGUGCUUUCAGGGGGUGUGGGAUCCCUGCCAAGCCGUGAUGGUGAGCGUGCUGCCCAGCUGGGAGCCAAGGGAUGGGUUACUGGUGGCCUGGAGCUCCCUGUGCUCACCCAGCCCCUGUGGCUGCAUGAACAAAGUGGAACAUAAAUUGACAUACAACCAGAAAGUUCAAAAAUACUCCAUUCCUAAAGAGGAUAACUGUAGCAUGAAGCUCUUAGGUGCUCUGCAUAUUUGAUACCACAUUGCUCCUCACUAUGCAAUUCCCAACUCCUUCCUUCCUGUUCCUCCUCUAAUCUCACACCACGACUUCUCCAGUGGCCUCUGCCCAGGAGGUGCUGAAGUCCCAGAAAAGCCUCAUUUCCUCCAUUGUCCUCUGCCCUGGGUGCAGCUGCCCAGCCCUCACGUCGCGUGCCUCAGGUCCCUUGGUAACGGGAGGCCCCAUGGGUUUUAUUCACAUCAUUCAGAGGGAAGUUUAUUUUCUUGGACACUGUGCACAGAAACCUAAUGGUGAACAUGUACCUGGCCUUUUUGUAACUCCUCUGUUUUUUUUUUUUUUUUUUUCUUCUUCUUCUUAACCAUAAUGGUUGUAUAUCAUACCACUUUAUAUACAUAUAUAAUAUAUAAAUAUAUAUAAUUUUUUUUAAACUUCGGACCUGCUAGUUUCUUUCAAGUGUUCCUGCACUUACCCAAAAUGUUUUUAAAUUGUGAGGAUUAAAGAGGAUUGAGCCCAUUUUUGUAUCUUUACUUUUAAUUCUGUAGUUCUAUUGAUUGUAACGUAGCUAUUUUUUACUGUAACUUUUUGGUUUGCAAAUACUAAACAAAAAAACCUAAAUGUAAUUUCUGUGGUUUCUAUUCAGCUUGGGUUUCAUGUUUUAAAAAUAAACGAUUUAAAACCAC